GUCUACACGUAAAAUCAGAAAUUCUGGGGGAGCCCUCCCCCCCCCCCCCCCCCCAAGAGCAGCUGUAGAUCCGCCCCUGGCGGUAGGCCUUUGAUGACGGAGGAGCCAAAUCCGGUUGACCGCAUUUGAUUAAGGUAAUUGUGGUACCGGUAAGUUUCAGAAACGGUAAUUUUCAAAUUAAUUUCUUAAUUAUCUUCAAUUUCUUCCUUAAUAAUAUUCAUUGCUAUAUAUAAAUUUCAACUGUACGAUAAGAAUAAUCUCUCUUAAUAAUUUAAUUAAAUUCUUAUUUAUGAUGUCAUUCUUUGUUAUUCCAUUCAGUGGCGGAGCCACGUUAUGUGGUGUGGGGUCAAUGGACCCCACUUGAAAAUGGGUGCCUGAAUGAAAAUACAUAUGAGGCAUGCAAGAAUUAAACCUUGGACCCAUGAAUACGAGACACCAGCUGAGACACCAGCUGCACCAUUACAAUAUAUCUUGAGUUAUGUUUAAUGAGUUCUGUGGUUUUAAUUUUCAUAUAAUUCUUGGACCCCACUAAAAUAUUUCUCUGGCUACGCCAAUGAUUCCAUUAGCCUUUAUUAUUCCCCAAUCUCCGCCUUGGUUUUCGCUAAUGUAAGUAUAAUUACUCUCAAAAAAUUAAUUUCUUCCUAAUUUUAAUGUCUAGCUUUAUUGCUGUUCAAUUAGCUACGUCUUCAUAAGUAGAUUUAAUUUAAAAAAUUUAUGUACUUCCCUAUUUAUGCAAAUUAGCUUUUAAUUUCUCCUCUUAAUAAUAUUGACAACCUUUAAUAUUUCCUUGGUCUUCAUUUUAUUAGUAAUUUAUUUUUUGUAUUUAAAGUAGGCUUUAAAUUUUUUUAUUUUGGACAAUCGUCAUUAUUGAUUAAUGUACAGCACUUACAAGAGGUUAAUAAUACCGUGGUGGUGUUUUUUCGAUAAGAUCGACUUUGCCUCAAAGGCAAGAUUUAAUCUCUAGUGUUAGAGAUUUCUAGCACCAUAGUCGUGCAUUUUUAUUAGUGAUUUUGUAGGUGCCCAUCGAAGAAGCAUACUUCUGGCCGCAUAUGAGAGACGACGUGGAGAUGUACGUGAAGACUUGUUUUGUGUGCCAACAAGACAAGAUGGAGCAGAGAAGUCCGACUGGCUUGCUAGAGCCAUUGCCCACACCUCAAUGACCAUGGGAGAGUGUAAGUAUGGACUUCAUCGUCAGCCUUCCCAAAGUCGAAGGAUAUUAUUGCAUCAUGGUUGUGGUGCACAAGUUCUCGAAAUAUGGCGUGUUCAUUCCGGGGCCGAAAGACAUGACGGCGGAGGAUGCGACACGACUAUUCUUCAAGAAUCUGGUCAAGUGUUGGGGCAUUCCUAGCAACAUAACGAGUGACAGAGAUGGGCGCUUCAAGGGCCGAUUUUGGCGGGAGUUGUUCAAGAUCAUGGGCUCUGGCUUGAACUUCUCGACGACAUUUCAUCAACAAAGAGAUGGGCAGACUAAGUGCGUGAAUGCCUUGCAGGAGGUGUACUUGGGGCACUAUGUGAGUGCAAACCAACGCGAUUUGGUGACGUUGAUGGACACGACACAGUUCUCCUACAACUUGCACUGCAGCGAGUCGACCAACACGAGCCCAUUCGAGUUGGCGACGGGACAGCAGCCGUUGACACCUACGACGGUGGCAACAGGGUAUAUAAGCAACAAUCCGACAGUCGACAAAUUCGCAAAAGACUGGCACGAGAAGAUGGAGAUGGCCAAGUCUUACUUAGCCGGCGCUAGUAAGAAGAUGAAGAAGUGGGCGGACAAGAAGAGGCGACACUUGGAGUUUGAAGAGGGAGACAUGGUGAUGGUGAAGUUCUACCCUCACCGCUUCAAGCAUCUCAGGAACGUGAACAAGGGACUUAUUCACCGCUAUGAAGGGACAUUCAAUAUCGUGAAGAGGAUUGACAAGGUGGCGUACAAGGUGGAGAUGUCGUCACAUUUGGAGAUCCAUCCGGUCUUUCAUGUGAGCCAACUCAAAGUUUUCAACGACGACAAGGAGGAUGAGAGGCGGAAGGAGUCACAUCGCGCACCAACACUCGUCACCAAGACACACGACCAUGAAGUCGAAGAGAUCAUGGCGCAUCGUGUCAUUCCUCGUCGUGGUGUUCAUCCAAGCUAUGCGGAGUACUUGGUCAAGUGGCGCAACCUUCCAGAGAGCGAGGCGAGUUGGGAGAAUGAGCUCUCGCUUUGGAAGAACAAGGACUUGAUCGAGACUUUUCGACAAGAGGACUCAACAAGGGCGUCGCGAGCAUAGGUGGAGGAGGAUGUUACAUGUGGCAGAUGACAUGACACAAACAAAGUGACAACAUGACGGCUGCACAUGUGGCGUGUAUGGAAGACUAGAAGUAUAGAGAUGCCUCUAGGAUUCUCCACCUAAAUGAGAGCUUAAUGAUGCACUUAUGAGUCACAUAAUGGGUGACAUCAUCUUCUCUGUCUUUCUUGCUUUCUUUGGUUGCUUGUGAAUUUGAGAGAAGGAUGCUUAGUUCUCUAACGGAAUUGAGAGCUAAUGAAACACCAUAACCCGGCCAGGUACUACUUUUACUAAAAUGCCCUUGAUAAAUAAAAUGCUCAAAUCGUA